AUGGCUAUCUUCUGCAGGAUUUGCAUGGGCCCCAUCGACCUGCCGGGCUCACACGACUCCUGGUAUUUCCAGUUGAGACGCCACCUGAAUGAUUCAAGGAGGAGGAUUCCUUUCUUCCCAGAUGUUCAUGAUCAAGUGGUGAAGUCGUGGUCUGCACCCCAGUCGGCACGCGUCCACUCUUCUACACGGGUCAUGUUCUCCCAUGUUGACGGGGCAAUGCACCAGUCUACGAACUUUGCUGAAAAAAACAGCUAUAGUGACCGGAGAGAUUCUUCACAAGUGUGCAUUCAGGAUGAUGACUCUGGAGCAGAUCCUGGCACAAAUCCGUCUCGGGGACUGAUUUGCAUCCGUCACUUCCAGUCAGAACAGAAGCUGCUGUUGGGCUCUAGAUUGAUACUGAGUUAUAAAGUAUCUUUGUUUGUCUGUGUGAUUCUCUCAGCUUCAGCGGCCGGUGUAGUUCCAGAAGUUUCCUCGGCAUCAGUUAUUCCUUACACUCUGUCUCUGAGUGUUGAAGUGAGAUCUUCAGACCGCAUCUCCAGAUUCGAGUCCAGCUGCGCUCUGGAUCCUCUGGAGUUCCUCAACGCGCAGCACACUCACGCCACGGUGAAUCUGAGUGCUGGUCACCGGUUCGAUAAGGAUGUGGAGCUGUUUCUGUAUUAUGAGAAUUCCCAUCAGCCCUCUGCUGUAGUCGAGGCAGCAGCAUCUGCGGCUCAGUCAGGGUCUCUGAUGGGCGACCCGGCGCUCAUGAUCAGUCUGUACCCAGAGUUCCCUGCGGAUGUGAUGUCAUCACUGGCGUCUCAGGGCGAGUUCAUUUUUGUGGUCGACAGAUCAGGCAGUAUGGACUGCAAGAUGCAUCAUGGGAACGACGCACAGAUGCGCAUCGAAAGCGCAAGAGACACGCUGCUGCUGCUGCUGAAGAGUUUGCCCAUGGGAUGCUACUUCAACAUCUACGGAUUCGGAUCUCACUUUGAGUCCUUCUUCCCUCAGAGUGUUGUGUACAGCGAGGACACGAUGGAAGAGGCUCUGAAGAGAGUAAAGAGCAUGAGCGCAGACAUGGGCGGCACAGAGAUCCUCCAGCCUCUGAAACACAUCUACAGUCAGCCCUGUUACCCAGAUCCCCCUCGACAGCUGUUCAUCUUCACUGAUGGAGAGGUGUGGAACACUAAGGAGUUGCUGGAUCUGGUGAAGAGUCACGUUUACUCUCACAGGUGCUUCUCCUUCGGGAUCGGUGAGGGUGCGAGUACGGCUCUCAUCACAGGAAUGGCCAGAGAAGGUUCUGGUCACGCUCAGUUCAUCACAGGCACUGACCGCAUGCAGCCCAAAGUGAUGCAGUCGCUCAGGUUUGCUCUCCAGCCGGCCGUGGAUAAUAUCUCUGUGGACUGGACCGUUCCUGAAGGCGUGACGGUGGACAUGCUGUCCCCCCCCAUCAAUACUCUGUUCCAGGGUCAGAGGGCGCUCAUCUAUGCUCAGAUUAAAGGACAGAGUUCAGGAAAGAAGGAAGGAGCUGUAACUGUGAAAUACAGGCUGAAAGAUCAACCAGUGACUAACCAGCUUCAAUUUACUCUUAAACCAACAGAAGACACAGGGUAACGUGCACACACACACGCGCGCGCAAAC